UUCAUUAGGAAGCACAUGGGAAGGGAACAAGUCACUGGGCACGAUUAAAACAUACUCUUCAGCAGAAAAUAAGUUUAUGGACUAACACAAGAGCCUCUCAAGUUAAAUUAUUCCAGGAAGUCAGAAAUCCAGAGUCCACAUUUUCUCUUUUCUGUGACAAAUACUUGGCUGAAUAGAGAUGGGCUGGAACAGCAGCACUUCCAUUUGUUUUGCAUUCAUCCUGGCUUUUCUAUCCAUUUUGAAAACAGCAGGAUUCUGGAACAGCAGCACUUCCAUUGUUUUAGUGUUGAUCCUGGCUUUUCUCUCCAUUUUGAAAAUGGCAGGUUCCUGGAACAACAACCGAAGACAGAACUUUCCUCCAGGUCCAAGACCAUUACCUCUAAUUGGAAACCUUCAUUUGUUUGACUUGAAGAGACCCUACAGGACUUACCUACAGCUGUCCAAAAUAUAUGGUCCAGUCUUCAGUGUUCAGAUGGGGCACAGGAAAGUUGUAGUGAUUUCUGGCUAUGAGACAGUGAAGGAAGCUCUUGUAAAGCAGGCAGACGCAUUUGCAGAGAGACCCAAAAUCCCAGUCUUUGAAGAUCUGACCAAAGGAAAUGGGGUUUCUUUUGCCCAUGGUGAAAACUGGAAGGUGAUGCGAAGGUUUACCCUCACAGCCUUACGAGACUUUGGGAUGGGCAAAAAGGCCAUUGAGGAUCGAAUCGUGGAGGAGUACGGGCACCUGGCAGACUCCAUCGCCUCACACGGAGGAAAUCCCAUUGAUGCCAGCAAAAUAAUUAAUGCAGCAGUUGCUAAUAUAAUUGUGUCAAUAUUGUUUGGAAAACGAUUUGACUACAAAGACUCCAGAUUUGUGAGACUUAUAAAUCUGACCAAUGAAAACACGAGGCUUGCUGGGAAUCCUUUGGUCACGAUGUACAAUAUCUUCCCCUAUCUUGGAUUCCUCCUAAGGGCUAACAAGGCUCUCCUUCGAAACAGAGAUGAAUUCCAUGAUUUUGUACGAGUUACUUUUGUAGAGCACCUCAAAAGCCUGGACAAAAAUGACCAAAGAAGUUUUAUUGAUGCCUUUCUGGUUAAACAGCAGGAGGAGAAAUCCACUACCAGUGCAUAUUUCCAUAAUGGCAACUUGCUAAGCUUGGUGACCAAUUUAUUUGCUGCUGGUGUUGAGACCAUUUCCACCACACUAAACUGGGGCUUUCUGCUGAUGCUAAAGUACCCUGAAAUCCAGAAAAAGGUCCAAGAAGAGAUAGAGCAAGUGAUAGGGUCCAACCCCCCACGGAGCGAACACCGAGCUCAGAUGCCAUACACAGAUGCUGUCAUCCAUGAAAUUCAGAGGUUUACCGAUAUCCUGCCACUCAAUUUGCCUCAUGAGACUACUGCAGACGUCACCCUCCAAGGCUAUUUCAUCCCCAAGGGAACCUACAUAAUCCCUUUACUGACCUCAGUUCUGAAAGACCAGUCGCAGUGGGAGAAACCAGACAUGUUCUACCCUGAGCACUUCCUUGAUGCCAAUGGGAAAUUUAUGAAGAAAGAUGCUUUCAUGCCUUUCUCAGCAGGGCGGAGGAUCUGUGCUGGGGAGACUCUUGCCAAAAUGGAGCUCUUCCUGUUCUUCACCAGUCUCCUGCAGAGGUUCAACUUCCACCCUCCACCUGGCGUUUCCAGCUCAGACCUGGACCUCAGCCCUGCCAUUUCAUUUAAUGUCAUCCCCAAACCCUACAAACUGUGUGCUGUAGCACGUUCUUAGAGCUCUAAUCAACAUCCAUUGCGUUUCUAAAAUGCUGAAAUCGUUUUUCCAUGACAUCUGUCUUACUCUUUGACCAUAACAAUCCAUAUUUCAAUUAAGGUUUCCAGUACUUCUAAACCAAA